CGUGACACCUUGACAUAAACUUGAUAGUUUUCAAAUAAAUGUUAAAAUAAUUUAUAAUUCUUGGUAAUAACCAAGUCCUACACAAUACUUCUACAACUGAAAUGGCUAACUGUGGUGAUUUUAUUAAAAGUCAAUUUCCUUUAAUAGACGAUGAUCUUAAAAAAUAUGUGGAAGAUAUCUUAGAUAAUAGUGCUGGAGAAUUUGAAGAUACCGAAGAAAUUUAUGAAGCUGUCGGUGAAGUUUUACAAGGAAUAUCAGAAAAGUCAGAAAAUGACAUUAGGGAAAUAUGUGAGCAGUUAUUACAUAUGCUUCAACCUGAUAAGACAGGAAAUACAAAUGGUCCCAGGAAAGUUCUCGAUGCUCCCAUACAUUUGGCUUCCAUGACAACAACUACAAAUGAUUCUGAAGAACUAAAGAGUAUAUGGUUGCAGACCAGAGAUGAUAAUUUUAAAGUAGAUGCUAAAAAAUUAGAAAAAGCUGAGGCAAAAUUACAACAGAAACAGCAAAAGCAGAAAGAUGCAAAGGUACCAGUUGCUGCCCCAAUCUUACAAACUGCCACUGCAUCACAAGUCACCUCUAAGAAGGACAGCAAGUUAGAAGCAAAGGGCACUAACAGAACUCAAGAUAUAAGGAUAGAAAACUUUGAUAUUGCCUAUGGUGAUAGAGUAUUAUUACAAGGAGCAGAUCUUGUUCUGGCAUUUGGAAGAAGAUACGGCUUGGUCGGAAGAAAUGGUCUCGGUAAAACGACAUUGUUGAGAAUGAUAUCAGCAAAGCAACUAAAAAUACCUUCACAUAUAUCUAUAUUGCACGUAGAACAAGAAGUAGUGGGUGAUGAUACGUUAGCGUUACAGAGUGUUCUAGAAUGUGAUACAGUAAGAGAGGAUUUAAUUAGAAGAGAAAAAGAAAUAACAAUAGCUAUUAAUAAUGGAUCAACAGAUCCAUCAUUAUCAACAGAGUUAAGUGAAGUGUACGCCCAGUUAGAGAAUAUAGAGGCUGACAAAGCUCCUGCGCGUGCUUCAAUAAUCCUCAGUGGUCUAGGUUUCACCACUGAGAUGCAGAACAGAGCGACCAGGACAUUCUCCGGUGGCUGGAGAAUGAGGCUAGCUUUGGCCCGUGCGUUGUUUUCUAAACCAGAUUUACUAUUGCUCGACGAACCUACCAACAUGUUGGACAUAAAAGCUAUCAUCUGGCUAGAAAACUACCUGCAGAAUUGGCCAACAACGCUGCUCGUUGUGUCUCACGACCGGAACUUCCUCGACACUGUUCCCACUGAUAUAUUGCAUUUACAUUCACAGAGGAUAGAUACAUAUAGAGGUAACUACGAGCAAUUCGACAAGACGAAGAGCGAGAAGCACAAGAACCAGCAGCGCGAGUACGAGGCGCAGCAGCAGCAGCGAGCGCACAUGCAGGAGUUCAUCGACCGCUUCCGAUACAACGCCAACCGCGCCUCCUCCGUACAGAGCAAGAUCAAGAUGCUCGACAGGCUACCAGAGUUAAGACCUGUAGAGAAAGAGAUCGAGGUGCAGCUGAGGUUUCCGGAGACGGAGCCACUUUCUCCGCCAAUCCUGCAACUCAACGAGGUCGGCUUCUACUACGCAAAGGACAAAGUUAUAUUCUCCAAUGUCAAUCUCGGUGCUACACUCGAAUCUAGAAUUUGUAUUGUUGGUGACAACGGGGCGGGUAAGACGACGUUACUGAAGAUAAUAAUGGGCAUAUUAUCACCAACGAGCGGAGUGCGAAGUGUACAUCGCGGCCUCAAGUUCGGCUACUUCUCUCAGCAUCACGUUGACCAGCUCGAUAUGAAUGUCAACUCUGUCGAAUUGCUGCAGAAGACGUAUCCCGGUAAAUCAGUAGAAGAGUACAGACGUCAGUUGGGGAGUUUCGGUGUGAGCGGUGACCUCGCGCUGCAGACCAUCGCCAGCCUCUCUGGAGGUCAGAAGUCUCGUGUCGCCUUCUCCGCCAUGUGCAUGGCCAAUCCCAACUUCCUCGUCCUCGACGAGCCCACCAACCACCUCGAUAUUGAAACUAUCGAAGCAUUGGGCAAGGGAAUCAAUAAGUAUACAGGCGGUGUGAUUCUAGUAUCUCACGACGAGAGGUUAAUACGAAUGGUGUGUAAGGAGCUGUGGGUGUGCGGCGGCGGCUCCGUCUCCAGUGUUGAGGGCGGCUUUGAUGAGUAUCGCAAGAUCGUAGAGAGAGAACUCGAUGCCCAGAAUAAAUGAGCGCAUCCACAAAAUAAUUCAUUAUGUAAUCUGUGUAUAAAGUAUUUCUAAAUUAUAUUAUGUAAAAUAAA